GGAUAUAUAUUUACAACUAGAUGUAUCGGAUCCAUAUAUUCCUUCAUAUAUACAUACCAAGCAAGUUACAUUCUUCCCUUGUCUAAAAAGAUGGAUAUGACGGAGGAGAAGAGAUUCGAACCCAAGGACGCCAUGCCAUGGGUGGGCAUAUACGUUGCAGUAGCAUCUUUGGUUUGCACUCUUGCGAUGGCAGCCGAUGUCUUCCAAGGCUUUCGAAAAUGGAAAUUGUGGUUUCCAAAUAGGUUUUUCACUCUGAAUACAGCUUCAAUCACGCUUAUCGCAAUAGCAAUGAAGCUGCCAGUUGAUCUAAAUGUUGAUCUCGAGUCUCCUUACGGAGAUUUCUUUGCCAAGCUUACCAGCAUCUUUUUCUUGAUCACAAUGUUAGCGAAUUUUCUACCCUCUUUAGGGCUUAUGGGUGACAGAGAACUUCUACUUAAUAUGGUAGCAUGGGGUAUCCUUAUAGUCACCAUUACAGCAAAUAUAUGGAUCCAAAUAAUUGGACGUCUAUUUGCUAUGAGUGUAUCACUUCUUGUGAUGAUUCCUCUUUUAUGGGUGUUUUCGGUAGCAUUGACGGUUCCAGCUUCUAGAAGAAUUCUAGAACAAAGGUACAAGGAGUUGCAGAGAUCGGAAUUCAAUCAACAAGAGAUAAAUUUCUCCUACAAGGAUCUUAUGAACAAUGUUAAAAAGUAUUGGAUGAUGGCAGAAACAGGUAACCCACAAUUUGUGAUUGCAUGUUCACAAGUGUCUUCUGUUUUUGGGGUUAUUUGCUUACUCCUUGCACUCUUUGCUUCCCUUUCACUUAUUUUUGUGAAGGAGCUAUUUUCUGAUAAUUUGAUACCUAUUGAAGCAUCAGAUUAUAAGUGGUCAUUAAAAGUAAUUAUUAGCGUUGAUUUAGUUGGGAUUGUCGUUGGUAGCAUAGCGCCAAUUUUUAGAUGUUUGACGAGCUUCAGUUAUUUCAGCCUCUCCAUAAAAUGGAGCAUGAACCAUUUAAACGUGUUCAAAGUCGAGAAACAUUGGACCCAUAUGCUUCAGGAGUGGAAACACAGCCAUGUUAGUUCACAUAUCCCAGGACGUGGAUGCAAAAAAGUUUUCCUUGUUUUGAGAAACAUGCUUCUAAACUUUUGCAUAGCACUUCAAUUAACAGUUGUGGUUGUGUGCAAAACAAUAUGUCUAAUUACAACAAUUUUAUUGAUCACGUUAUCAUGUUGUUGGUAUAUCUGCAAGUCUGUGUGGAAAAUGUUCAAAAAGGAACCAAAUGUAUCCGGCAUGGAUGGGAGAUCAGAGAUCGAAGAAUAUCGGAAGUAUGUUAUACAAAUUGAAGACGAUGCAAAACUUUCAGAAAGAAAAUCUACAGGUUUCAAUGGAGUAGUAGAGUUUGACAGUGAGCAAGUACCAUCUUCAGAAAAAAUCCAGAAUUCCUGGAGCCUAGUAACACUGACACUGACAGCCAUCGUUAUAGCACUUCCUAACAUAGCCAAGGACCAUGUCAAGGGGUUACUUGAAGGCAUGAAAGAAGGUCUCCAAAUUGUAAGACUUGUCGAAGAAAGCCUCAAUUCAAGUGAUGAAUUGGUGAGAAGAGCAUCUGGACGUGUGGGCACAGAAGUUGACUUAUACAAAAGGUGGCUAGGAUUCAAUCUUCGGAAGAAGGCACGUGAAGGAAAAACAUCAAAAGAAAUUCUUCAAUGGUUGCGUGAUGAAGCAGGGGAAAUUGUGGAAGAUUUUAAAGACCUCAAAAAUGUCAGUCUACAUCCCUCAUUUCAUAAGUUCAUUGCUGCGAAAUCCAUGUGCAGAAUCACCCAAACUUUACUGCAUCGGUACAACAACCAAUUAUAUUGGCCAACAGAUAACGAAGUUUUUGAGCAGGUAUCAACAAUAAUUGCAGAUAUCUUGUAUGCUUGCUUUACCAACUUACCACGUGUCAUAACCAUGAAGUGUCAUCACGAUGCAAUAGAGAAAAGGCAAGACAGUAUCCGCACGGCAGCUCAAGUUCUUGGUAAAUCGAAAGAGAUCUUAGAGAUCCUGGAAUCGCGCCAACUUCCUAACCUAGAUAUGGAUUCUAUGGCGUACCUAGAUAAGUGGCAUGCACUGCCUAAAAGUCAAAUGCCAAAGGGUUGUGCUUCUGCAAGUUCUAAUGAAUCACACAGUGUAACUAUCAUGUAAUAAUGAUUUACACUAGUAUUCUCUAAUAUUUUACGAAUACCACUAAUUAUAUAUGGAAUAAUGUACCUGUAUCUAUUUCUACUUGUUGGUAAUAGCAUUACUGUCAUCUAUUGUCGUCA